AUGCUCCGUAUAUGGCAUGCCUCGUGGGAGCAACUCCGUGAACUACUUAAGGUCGCUAGAUCGAUGUGCAAAAUUCAUUCUAUUACAAUCAUGUCCAGCAAGUCUGAGAAGUUUUUACAGAUCUUCCCUAUGGUUCUGGAUGUCGAUCAAUUGCCACCCGUUGUGAAUAGUGUUAUUGAUGGCUAUCGUGCACCACAUUAUGCACUUGGCUGGGUCAUUCCUGUCGAUGAGGCUAAACAACUCUUUGGUGAAACUCCGGAGGACCGCAGACUGCUCAACUACUACAAUGAAGUGGUUCUUGCAGAAGGAUGGAGGAAUGUUAAAGAGAAGGAUUUAAACUUUCGUCGACCCAUUGCAAUAAUUUGGGACUAUGACACUCCUGCUGCAGACCCACAAGAAACAUAUUUGAUGCUUCAUAUUGGUACUAACACCAAUCGGGGAGCUUUGGCACGGGUGGCAGAACAUAAGGAAGUCCUCAUUGCGAAAUCUAUGCAGGCUAUUGGAUUUUCUGCCGAAAAACGGGCACAGCUGAAGUGGCAUCAGCUUUAAUGAUUGUACCACUAGUAUACUGUAUGUGAAAUUUUCUUAGCUCCUAGCUUGUUUGUGAUGCUUGGUAUGUUAUUGAGCACCAAGGAUAAUCUGCAUCAAGUAGCUUGAUUCCAGUUAUUUCCAAGAUACAUGCAAUGAAAUAUAGAAUCUAUAUUAGUCCC